UUUCCAAAAAAAAAAAAAAAAGAAUAAAAAAGCGUGGAAGAAUUAAAUUCCUUUGCCAAACAUCAAGAAAGAAAAAGUUGGUAACUGAAAACGUGUUCUAAAAGAGACAAGUUUUGCUUUACUUGUUCUUUUUAUUUUUAUUUUUUGUUUUGGUUUUGUUUUAUGUGUCAAUCUUGCUAGAAUUUGGUCUGCGUAUUGGAGAAGUAGGGGAAGAGGGAAGGAAGAAGAAAAAUUCAGCUUUGUGAUGGGAAUAAGAUCAGCAGAACAAGAGAGAUGACAUGGUGCAAUAACCCUGGCGACGAUAGAGCUCUACAAUUAGUUACAGCAGGCGCUACUGAAGAUCCCACCGUCUCAGUCGCCGCGUCCGCCUCCGCAGCCGUUUCAGAAUCCAAAAUCCAUGAAAUCCCAACCAUUAUUUGCCCUUCAUGUGGCCACAACAUACCCUACCAAGAUCAGGCGGGAAUUCAUGAUUUGCCCGGUUUACCAGCGGGAGUGAAGUUUGAUCCAACUGACCAGGAAAUUCUAGAGCAUUUAGAGGCAAAGGUAAUAUCUGAUAUGCGAAAUCUUCAUCCUUUGAUUGAUGAGUUUAUUCCAACGCUCGAAGGAGAAAAUGGGAUUUGCUAUACUCAUCCAGAGAGGCUGCCAGGAGUAAGCAAAGAUGGCCAAAUUCGACACUUCUUUCAUCGACCCUCCAAGGCAUACACAACUGGGACUAGGAAGAGAAGAAAAGUGCUCACGGAUGAAGAUGGAAGCGAAACAAGGUGGCAUAAAACAGGCAAGACCAGAGCUGUUUCGGUUGGUGGGACAGUGAAGGGAUUCAAAAAAAUUUUAGUACUCUACACCAACUAUGGCAGGCAAAGGAAGCCUGAGAAGACAAACUGGGUGAUGCACCAAUAUCACCUUGGCGACAAUGAAGAAGAGAAAGAUGGAGAGUUAGUGGUUUCAAAAGUUUUUUACCAAACUCAACCUAGACAAUGCGGUCCAAGUAGUGUUAAUGAAACACUUGAUAGAAAGUUGAAAAAACGAAGCCGGCAUCAAAGUCCUAUAGCAAAUAGCACUAGCAGCGCGGCUCUUGUUGAGUAUUACAAUCCACCUUUUGUUUCAUAUGAUCUUGGGAGUCAUCAUAAUAGGGAAAGCCCACCUCAGCUAAUUCCAAAUAUGGUUGUUCAAGGUGAUGGAUCUUCGUUUAUUCGAUUAGCCUCUGAUACAAGCAAAAGGAGACUUGAAAGAAACUAGGGAAUAAGAAAGAUCAGCAUUUGGUAGAGCAGCUACGACAAAGACUUAUUGGGUUGGUGUUGUUGCUCUUUCUGUUGCUCCGUAAUAGUCAAAUAAAUUAUCAGAUUGCGAUUUUGCUGAGGAAUUAAGGGAGGGAAUAAAAAAAUAAGGUGAAUGUCUUCUUUUGUUAAAAGAUAAAGAGCCAGAUGCUUUGGAAGAUUUGCCCAUGACCAUGCUAUGAGCAAAGGACUAGACAAGGUGCUAGUGCCGCCUAUUCUAUAUACCCACUUGCAUAAUAUUUACAUACUAUUUUUUUUUUUUUACCAUAUUCUAUCCAUUUAUUGUAAGGUUUGAUGACAUUCGUAGUAGGAUUCUACAAAGAUGACUCCCAUAUACUUUCUACUAGUAGUUCUACAGCUUUAAUUAGUUUUAUCAUUUAUCAUAUAGCAUGUUAGAAAUUACUACUGGCUGCAAUAAUACAAUUGUUUCUAAUUCUAUCA